AUGACUGGUUUACAGAGUACUAUAGUACAGUUACAGGAAGAGAUUGCUGAAAAAGAAAGAAGCGAGCUUCUCAAUGACGUAGAAAUAUCUGGGGUCCCUGAAUUCGAAGCUGAGUCGGUGGAAAAUAUUAUCAUCACUGUGGCUGCCAAAUUGGGUAUAAGCAUGGACGAGCGUGACAUCGUCAGUGCCUCGCGCGUGGGUCUACGACGGGGUACAUCUACCGGCGGUGACGCAACUGAAGGGAUGCCACGCCCGCGCCCGCUUGCCGUCAGACUAACACGACGUCUCCUUCGAGAUCAGCUCCUGCGAGCCGCACGGGUACGCAGACAUGCGUCUACUGCUGAUAUGGGUUUGCCCCAGCAUGAACCGCAGCGCCUAUAUGUCAAUGAACGACUUACAAAAACAUACCGCAGCUUAUUUGGGAGGGCGCGCGAGGCUACCAGGCGACAGAGAUGGCGAUUUGUCUGGACCAGGAAUGGCCGGGUAUAUGUUAGGCGCGAUGUACUUUCUCCUGUUCACACGAUUCGUCAGCAGGCAGAUAUAGAUCGCAUUUUUAGUACCGAUGCCUCACCUGUAUACAUUCAAUAA